UACCAACGCGAAGCCAGGCUGCAUUCGGGUACCGUCGAAAAAGUCGAAACGGCGACAAGGGCUCGAAAAUGACUCUGUCAUUCCUUUUGGUCUUGGCUGCUACUGUGAUUCUUAUCAGACCCGAGACACCUGUAACUAAGGCCCUACAUCAGAACACACUUGAGUGCUGUGGCGAGAAACCAAGAGUGAACUAUUCAUGUUCAAAUGACACUCACUGUAAACCAGGAUGCUUUUUACGUGUCCUUGAGAACAGCAACACUAUUUGCAUAUUCUGUGAUUCAGCAGCUGUGGAUUUGGAGAACAUAACGGUCUGCACCUACAACUACACAGUGGAGAAGAAGAAUCAUACAACUGUAACUACAGUCAUUCCUAAAAUUGGUGGCCCAGGCGUGACAGCCUCUCUGCUUCUAGGAACACUGUUGCUAAGCCUGUUCCUGAUCCUGUCUGUUGCCUCUUUUUUCUACCUCAAACGCUCCAAUCGACUCCCGAGCAUCUUCUAUCGCCGCAACAAGGCCUUCACAUUCCAGCCAAGUGAGACAGCUGUCAUGAUUCCCUCCUCAUCAGUGAGGAAGCCAAGAUAUGUCAGAAGGGAGCGGCCCUCUGCGUCGUCAGCAGUGAACAGUGCCACCACCUUACCCAGCACAUCCACUACUAAAGUCUAUAAUGUGUAGGAAGAGGGAUGGGCAUACUGGUGCAGGUAGGAGAGGAAGCUCAGAAAGGAUGUUUGAUUUUCUUCUCUUGUGAAGGUUCAGAAAAGUGAAAAAGACCAGCUGACUUGUGGCCAAAUUAAACCGUAAAUGCAGCUGGUGCAUUUACUCGGUGUAUUUUAAUGAAAACAAUCAGUACCCAGUCAGACCAUUUUAACUCAUUCACAUUAAAUUCAUUUUUGUUCUUUGAAAAUAAGCAGACACAACAAUAACUACAAAAUAAUCCAGGAAAAAGUUUGAGUAUUUGUUCAUUUGAAAUAUCACAAGCCGAAGUGUAUUUCCUGUGCACUCCUGCAGCAUUGCUGUGAUGAGUCAUUCAUCUCUCAGUCAAAACACUGUUAUUAGGCAGUUUAUCUGUUGUUUGACAGGUACAGUAUAUUCAGUUGACUUUUUAAACUUGGGCAAUGAAAGUGUGACACAUUGAUAAAGAAAUACUUCAACAUUUAGGGAAAUGUGCUUACAAAGAGAAGAUGCCACUCCCUUGUCUGUAAAGUACAUAUGAGGCUGGAGCCACCAGCCAGUUAGCUUAGCUUAGCACAAAGACUGGAAAAAUUAGGAACAGCUAGCCUGGUGCUCUCCAAAGGUUUAAAAAAAAAAAAAGUUGUACCUGUAAAAAUCAGUAAUUAACGCGUUAUAUCUCUCAAACUGCUCUUUAUUUCCUGAGAACAGCUGGAAUGUAAUCGGCAACAUCAAACUUUUUUUUGUCCCCUUUUGAUUUUUUUUUUUUUUAAAUUGGACCUAAUGUGUUCAUUAGCAAACUUUAGAGGUGCAGGAGGUUGAUUUUUGUUAUCUUUGUACAGAGUGAGGCUGGCUGCCCCUCAUCUGUUUCCAGUGUUUGUGCUAAGCUAACAUCUCCUGACACAUUUACGUUCUAUAUCGAUCCUCUCAUCUGAGCAAGAAAGCAAAAGAUGCAUUUCCCAAAGUGUACAACUGUUAUUUUAAGUGAUCGGUUUCAUAAAUAUGUGGAUUUGUCUGUUUAAACUCAAGAUGGAUCCAGCCAGUGACCAAGCUGACAGUGACACUGAUUUCUGGGACAAAGUGACGUCACUAUGAUGACAUAAUUAUUAUUUUAAUUUUUUUUUUUUGCACGAGUACUACUUAUUUGCACUUUGUAAAAAAGCACUGACUUUUACUUAUUAGAAUCAAGCCAAGUUUGUGUCUAGUAGCAUUGGUAUUCUUCUGGUGGACCAGGACGUUUUAGGGAGAGUUACUGUAGGAGCCGGAUCGAUGAUUGAUUAAUUGAUCUGUUUUAUUUUGUUUCAUAUGUAUUUAAUUUUGUGAGCUCAGCCAAGGUGAACGUAUUUCACGUGUACAACAAACACAGCAGCCCCCUUUUACCACAAAAUCCUGUUUUCUUAUCAUAUGAAGUUCUGUGAUCCUUCUACUUUUUUUUUAAAUACCUUUUUUUUCCCAAUGAAGUACAUUUUAAUUCCAAUAUUUUUCUCUGCCUGCUGUCAUCAGCUAAUGUUGAACCUUAAUUUAAAGAAAUAAUUAACUUGUUGAUAUCAAAUAUGGUUCAGAUUGCUUUGUUUUAUAACUGGCAACAUUAUUGUUGCAUUGUGAACAUUACUUGACUACUGUUAGCUUUGCCAAAUGUUGUCUGAAGAAACUGGCUUUUACUGUAUGCCAUUACUGUGAUUUUUGUGGGCCACUGAGUUUUAUAUGGGGAAACGUUUGGUCUCAAUGUGAUGAAUAAUAUCCAGGGGCCUUGAUUGUGCUCAGUUUUAAACAAAGGCUGGUUUCAUUUGCUGUGCGGUAUUAGAUCAUAUAGUUUUUAUAUCUAGACAACACUAAGGCGGUAAAGAUUCAGUUCCUUGUUCAGUAUAUGUGGAGCAAUUUGAAAUGAAUCGGAAAAGCGAUCAUACCAUGAAUUUUUUUUAAUUUAUUUUUUUGCUUCGUAUUUGCUGUUGUACAGACAACCAUAAACUGAAUACAUGUACAUAUUGUUUUUAUACAAUUUGUGUAUUGUAAUGUAUAUAUUCUAGUUUCAGUGCCAUGAAGAUGUGUGUAAUGUUUGCAGAAAUAAAGGAC